AUCAACUCGGCAUGUGAAGGGGUCAUAGUAAACGAGACAUGGGUCAGGAAACAUCGUUUCCCCACCUACACACUCAAUAACCCCAUCCGCAUCCGGAACGUCAAUGACACUAUUAAUAAAGCAGGUCUCAUCCAGUCCCCCUUGGAUGUGAACCUCACUAUUCGGGAGAUCCGUGGACGAAUGCACACUGAGCACGUCCAGAUCUUUAUCUCCAAUCUAGGAAAGGACAACCUUAUCCUGGGAACAGAUUGGCUGAAA